AUAGAAAGAGAGAUAAUUAUGCAAUCUGCCAUGGAGAAGCUGAGUAAUAUGGGAAGUGUUGCUAAAGAAAAGCUCAAAAUUUUUAGAGCCAAACUCGACGAGAAGGUGGAGAAAGCUUCGGUGAAGACGGCGGAGGAGAGAAAGAUUGUGGAGGAGAGAAGGAAGGCAGCAACAGCGGAGGCAAAGCGUGAGCUACACGAGGCGAAAGCAAGACAUGCUGCUCAAAAGCUAAGGAAUAGGAAAUCACAUGUACUUGGUGGUGGCCAUCUACACCAUCAUUCACCGGUGGAGGGUGGUGCCGCCACACAUCUUGGCGGAGAAACAAAUGUUCCGGCUUAUCCUAUAGCCAGCCCGGAGGGGUACUAUCCCGGACACAAAAUUUAACCUUUCUACAAGAUGUGUGUUUUAUUAUUUAGAAGUACUUAUUGAUGUAACUAUUGCAUUAUUGUUAUUGGGUUUUGUGUGUUGUGAAAACCUUAAACAUAGGAUGUUGUAAACAGAAAUAAAAUGUCUUUGUGACAUGUUUUCUUGAUGAAA